CGCGGAUGGCUAAUCACGUUGGCAGUGAUUUCACCUUGUCCUCACCACACGCCUGUGAGAUCAUAUGGAGCAGCCUAGUCAAAAUGUACAAAAUUAUUACAAAAAGUUACAAAAUAAAAAUCUUGGCACAGUUUGGACUUUAUCCUUUGUGAAUAUAAAUAUGGAAAAAAAUCUGGCUUGUUUCUACAUUAACAACCUUCUGAUUGUGGGUGUCUAAAAACCUUUUUUAAAAAAAACACUAUUUCCAAGUCUUGUAGUUGAAUUAUGUCACACACAGUUAAGUCACCAGGCUACACACCCACAUGCAGCUUACACACACCCACACGUUGUAUGUGUGUGUGUGUGUGUGCGUGUGUGGCUCCCUCUGACAUCAAUUUUGUGAAUAUUAUGAACCCAAGCUGCUACCUCUAUUGGCCAGCACAAACCUUGACAAAAAGUAAAUAGCCUCCAGCAGUAGUGACUGGAUUUGAUGUCAGCUGUGUAAAUGUAGUCUUUCACAAUAAUAAAUCAUUAACCUUUUUGUCAGCAAGCAUGCUGUCCCCUGAAUGCUCUGAAAUGCUAGCUCUGUCCAAACAAGAAGCCAAAUAGUCCCACUAAUAUCAAUGAAAUGCCAUUUUCAGUCUAUAACAUUUUGUUAUGCUGCGCAGCAGGGAAGUUGGAGCGCAUCCUGCUCUCAGGCUAGAUAACACUCGCACUUCCCACUACUGAAUGAGAAGGUGGGAAAUCAAGUGGUGAGAAGACAAAAAGGACACACAGCUCCUCUACAGUGGACACGGGGCAUUUUCCACCUGGCACAUUUCUUAAUGGAACAAAUGUGGAUUCAUCAGGAGCUGCCAAGCAGGGCAUGGCGUUAAGCAGACUCCUGCUGCUAUGUGUGGUAGCCUCUGAGGUGUGGGAUGCUGAGACCAAACCCAUAGAUUUUUUGUGUAAUAAAGGCGCCAGGAGGGUUAUGAAUAUUGUGGCAGGGAUGGAGAGUGCACUGUCCACCUAUUUGUCCGGCCUCUGUCACCUGUCUCUUCCAUUGCAGAGUAACUGUAAUGGCUUGACGGCCCUCUCCACACCACUUCAGCUACCCUGCACCGAGCUUCAUGUAGCAUCUUGGGGAAACAAAUCACACCAGGAGAAGAGAGGAGACAUCGUAGCAUCCUUGAGGCUUCUUAUUGAAGGUGUGGAGGGUGUGAGGGCCCUAAGCCAGACAGAAUGCGCCACUUCGCUACUUCAGAGACUGGAGCACAACAUCAGCAACUACCUGCUCAUCCUCACACAUCUUCAGCUGAGUGGGCCAGCGGUUAGUCCAGGACUGUCUUGUGUUCCUGGAAGCACCCAGAGUCUGAGCACAUUCCUGGUGAGCUACAACAAACUGGUCUCAGGCAAGCUGGAGCGGUUCAUGGUUGACCUGGAGGACAGAUGCACUUCACAGUGACACAAGAACAACUUCAGUGAUGUUCUUCAUAAACAGGUGGGAUGAGUUCAACUGCGGCCCCAGGUCAAUAAAAGAAGAAGGAAAAUCCACCAGAGCAACAGCCGGAGUGACCUGGAUUUUAUCCUCACCUUGUUGCCUUUCUAAAAAUUUAUCAUCUGCUUGUAUAUUGUGACGGGUAGACUCACACUCUUUAAGAGUGGAAAAGUAGAAAUACACCCUUCUCUGCUGGUCAUUAAGAGGGACUACAGCUGGAGAAGUACUGGGAAAUGAAAGACAGCAAUAGGACUGCUAUGAUGGACAGAUGAAUGUACGAUAGGAAGGCAGUUUUUGUUGGUCAGAGGUUGUGGAGCAUGAUCACGUGGCCAGUUUUGCUCCUUAAUUGGUGAUACAAAUAUCCAGAUUUUGCAUUUAGGAGGACAUUUUUGCUAAACUGUAUAUUAAUACAAAUGCUGUUUAUGAUACAAAACCUUUUUAAAAUAAUGCAAUGAACUGAUUUCAUAGAACAAUUUAUUGGAUUAAUAAUUUAUUUAUUUGGUUAGUUAGUUCAGUAGGCAGGUUAUCAUAUUUUUAGUUUAUAGGACAGCUGCUGUCUGUAGAUAUAAAGAAUUUCUUUUCUCUUUAUUUCUCAUAAUAAAGACCGUUUAUAUGUAUGGAUGUACUAACAAAGAAAUAAGAAUCAUAUAAGAGAAUAAAAAUAUAUAUAAUAUUAUAUAUAUAUAUAAAAAGAAAGAUAUAUUGCUAAAUCUUUAUUAUAUAGCCUAGUACAGGCUGCUAAAGUUUUAAUUGCUUUUUGUUUUGUGUGUGUUGAACUGAAUAAAUAUAUUGUUUGAA